UUUAAUUGCCUCUGCACAAUAAAAAGGAUGUUUGGGGAACAUGUUCGGCAUCCGAAGCCGACCUGUCGAUUCAUCAGUAACUUCAAUCGGACCGAUCAGCUAUAAUGGAUACCGCCGCUCCGUUGCCACCGGCUUCCACAGUUCCAGCUGAUUCGACACCCGUCGGCACUCCUCUGUUCUCCCGAAUCCGCCUCGCCGCUCCCUCCGACGUCCCUCACGUUCACAACCUCAUCCACCAAAUGGCCGUCUUCGAAAAUCUCUCUCAUGUCUGUUCCACCACCGAAUCUGAUCUCUCCGCCAAUCUCUUCACCUCUCCGCCCUUCCAAUCCUUCACCAUUUUCAUUCUAGAAGUUUCCCCUAAACCCUUCCCCGAAAACUCUCCUCAUAACUCUAACCUUAAUUACAUCCCCGUCGUUCGAAUUCUCAAUUCCGACCAUCCGGUGGACGAUCCAGAUCGGGAGAUUUUCAAAUCAGAAGAUGAAAACGUUGUCGUUGCUGGAUUUGCUCUGUUUUUCCCCAAUUUUCCGGCGAAUACGGGGAGGCCAGGUUUGUUUCUGGAGGCCAUUUUCGUGAGAAAGUGUUACCGGAGGAAGGGGUUCGGAAAAAUGUUGCUGUCGGCGGUGGCGAAGCAGGCGGUGAAAAUGAAUUACUGUGAAGUGUUCUGGGUGGUGCUUAAUCGGAACGUGAAUGCCAUUCGCUUUUACGAAGACAUGGGUGCCCAAAUGUUGCCGGAGUGGAGAAUUUGUAGACUCGCCGGCGAUGCUCUUCAGCUUCAUGAAAAUGAUAACUGAAACAGAGGAAUUUUUUUACUGUUUUUUAUUUAUUUAAAUUAUCGUGUCUUAUCCAAACUUUUAAUAGCUUCUUUACCUGUUUGUUUCUAAAUAAAUUUUAUGGACA